UUUUGUGGAGUUUUGUUUAACUAAACCUAAAUAAAAAGACUAGUAAAUAGCUUAAUAAUUAUAUAGAGCAGCUAUGGUUUAAUUUAAGAAAAUCUAAUUUCAUAUCUUGGAGGCUCAUAAAGGGAUCCAUAUAUACGCUGAAAAUUGUAACUUUCAUGACAUAGUUGUGGUUUGACACACAGGAAACUCAAAAAAGGUCACAUGAAAUACAGAUUUGGAAACAACAUCCUCCCUCAGAGGAAGUGACAGUUUAUCUGAUUCAAAUUGGAGCAACUUAAGUAACUAGCUCAGUAACUAACAAAAACGUUCACUCACCAUCGUUUUUAUGGUGAAGGAAUGCAGCUAUGGAUGAACUUGACUUGUUACUGGAAGAACUGGCCUUGAACACAUCUGGUGCAGGAAGCAAAGAAAAGAUAUCCACAGAAAACCUUGCUGAACAUACUAAAAAUGUCAACACCUCUAGCUGUUCAAAUGUAUACAGCUCACCUCCUGCCCCUGUGGCUGCAACACAAAGAGCUAUGUCCCCAACUGAAGAACUGGAGUUCAUCUUGGAAGAUCUCUUGGGUCUGGCAGCUCAGCAUCAAGAACCAAAAGAAAGCCCACCUCCACUUGUACCAAAACUGUCUGUAAAAAGAAAAGAAGAAACAAUGCACAGAGAAAACAGUAACGUUCAGCCAACUCCAUCUAAAAGCACAGACACAAUAGAUGAGCUCCUGGGAGGCCUGAGCUCAGACUUAGAGAAGAUAGGUGUCAAGACCACAGCAAAAGGCCACUGCGCUGCCUGUAAAAAGAUCAUUGUGGGAAAGAUAAUCACAGCACUAGGAGAAACAUGGCACCCGGAGCAUUUUGUGUGUGCAGUGUGUAAGGUGGACCUGUGCACAACAAGUUUCUUUGAAAGAGAGGGGUGGCCAUACUGUGCAAAAGAUUAUCAUGAACAGUUCUCUCCUCGAUGUGCAUACUGCAAAGGCCCCAUUCUGCAGAACAUCCUGACUGCACUGGAUCAGACAUGGCAUCCAGAGCACUUUUUCUGCUCACACUGUGGAGACCUUUUUGGACCUGACGGUUUCCUGGAGAAGGAGGGGAAGCCAUAUUGCUGCAAAGAUUUUUACAAUCUCUUUGCUCCUAAGUGCUCUGGGUGUGGAGAAGCAGUGAGGGAGAACUACCUGACUGCGGCCAAUGGGACCUGGCAUCCCGAGUGCUUUGUCUGCUCUGACUGUCUGACACCACUCUCCAGUGGACACUUCUUAGGGCUGGAGGGGCAAGCCUUGUGUCUGCUGCACUACCACUCUCGACAGGGCUCUCUGUGUGGCACCUGUGGAGAGCCUAUCACCGGACGCUGCAUCUCUGCACUGUCCCGCAAGUUUCAUCCAGAGCACUUUGUGUGUGCUUUCUGCCGGCGCCAGCUCAGCCAGGGAAUCUUUAAAGACCAGAAAGGGGCUGUUCUAUUCCCCUACAAGCAGCUUUCCUCAGCUUCUCUCCAGGCCACUUAGAGCUGCAGUGUGGACUAUGAGAGAGAGUACAUGGGACCAUUAAUCAUGUUGUCAUCACCAUCAGACCAGGACUCCAUAACCUCUACACAAUAUGGGGCCAUGCAUCAUAAGCAUGAAUGUGUCAGGCUAAGCCUAAAAGUUAAGAUGAGUGAAUUCCUUUUAAAAUUAUAGUGUACAGCGAGUUUGUAACUUUACUGGUGGAGAGCCCGCCACCUGCUUGUCUCCAUGGAGAUUUAAUUUUUUUGCCUAGAAUGCUCAAAAAUACCAUUAUCAUACUUAAAUGAGAUAUUAGUUGAAUGCUGUUUAAUAGACAGUAUUCUAGGCAAAUCAACAAUGCCUGAAGACAAGCACAUUGUGGAUCCUUCAUCUGAGACGUUAUGCAGUGUACCUUCAAACUGUCAGAAGAAAAACAUAAUUAUCUUUCUUUAUGCCUUUUGCAAAUUAUGUGCACCAUUGUGACUUGAACGAAUGGAUGUUGAGGUAUUUUAAUGUUAGAGAAAAUGGCUGGCCUCCUCCCUGAACUGCCACCUUAUCGUGGUGGAGAAGUUUGAGUGCCCGAAUGAUCCCGGGAGCUUCAUGCCCCUGGUAGGGUCACCCAAAGCAAACAGGUCCUGGGGGACGGGUUAGACGAAGAGCGGUUCAGAAUCCCCCUAUGAUGAGUUACAAUCAGAGGUCAGUGACGUCACCAGGAUCGGCUUUACCGGGGCCCCACCCUGGACCCAGGCCUGGGAUGGUUGCUCGCCAGCGAGUGCCUGGUGGCUAGGCCUAACCCCAAGGGGCACAGCCGGGCUCAGCCUGAAGGAGCGACGUGGGGCCGUCCUCACGGGGCAGUCAACGGCGCGGGCCUCGGCGACCGGAUCUCUGGACAUGGAGACUAGCUUUGGGGACAUGGAAUGUCACCUCGCUGGGGGGGAAGGAGUCUGAGCUUGUGCGGGUGGUUGAGCGUUACGACUAGAUAUAGUCGGCCUCACCUCCACGCACAGUUUGGGCUCUGGAACCCAACUCCUUGAGAGGGACUGGACUCUACAUUUCUCUGGUGUUGGCCACUGGGAGCAGUGGCGGGCUGGUAUGGGCCUGCUCAUUGCCCCACAGCUCAGCCGCUGUGUGUUGGAGUUCAUCCCAGUGAACGAGAGGGCCACGUCCCUGGCCUUCAGGUCGGGGACAGGUCUCUCACUGUAGUGUCAACCUACGGGUUGAACAGCAGUGCAGAGUACCCGACCUUCUUGGAGUCCCUGGGAGGGGUACUGGACAGUGCACUGUUAGAGAAUUUUUAUGUUAUAAGCAUUUCUCAUGUAAAGGUAAUCAUGAUGUAGUAUAAGUUAUCAACAUUGGCUUUUUGUUUUACUUGUCUUGUUGUGUUCAAGCUGUAUCAGGUGAUCUUGCUGAUGCAUUGGCUGACUCAUUAAAGAUAAUGUACCGGGAGAAACAAAUAGUAAUGGUAAACAUCAUGAGGUUAACACAGAACUCUGAGGAAUUGCUAGAGGCAUCUACCACCUGGAAUGUGAAACCUGUGUAUAAUGGGGAGCUGUGUCAGUGGAAGCUUGUCAGUCAUGAGACAACAUGUGAACAAUAGGUACUGUAUUCAAAGUAACCUACUGUAUGCUAAUUGUGUGCUCUACAAUAAAAGGCCGAUGGAGAGAAGAGAGCUUCAGUUAGGAUGAGACAGGCAGCUCUCUCCUACUCCUUGCGACAGGCAGAGCUCUCUCUUACUCCUUGCACAAGUAAAACCAA